UCCAGCGGUGUAUUGCACGAAGUAAUUAGCGAGAGAAAUAUGGGAAAUAAUUGUUUUAAUUUUUAUUACAAGUUGUUGAAAAUUUGAAGAAAACAUGAGUGAAGUUGAUUUGCCAUCCUUAGCCGAGAGUGGUCGGAAUGCUAGUGAGAAGAAUAAGUCAGCGGCGCAGGAAGUGGACCUUGCUCUCAAAGAGUGCGGGUUCGGUCUCUUCCACUUACGGCUGAUCUUAGCUGCAUUCUUCGGUCUUGUUUCUGGAAUCGUCUUGGGCAACAGCACACCGUAUGUGCUGUCGGAAGCAGAAUGCGAUUUGAACAUGAAUCUUCUGCAGAAGGGCAUUCUGAAUGCUAUGCCUUUUACGGGUAUGCUAACCUCCUGCGUUGUAGCUGGCUUCCUAACAGAUAACUUGGGCAGAAAAAUAUUUCUAAUCAUCGGCUACGGUGGUACAUUCAUCUUCACGAUUGUUUCGGGCCUCAGUCAAACAUACAAUAUUUUGAUCGUUGCGAAGUUACUUGAGGGAGCAUUUUUUGCAACAGCCUACAGCCCAGUUCUGGCCUUGACGUCUGAGUUCUGCCACGAUGGUGUAAGAGACAGGCUGAUGAUGGUUGCUAAUUCGUUCUUCCCGAUCGGCCAGAUCCUAGUUGGGCUCCAGUCGUGGGGCAUCUUGAUGCAAAACUGGAACGUCUCGCUUUUCAAUGGAUUUAUUGUCCUCCACACAUGGAACUACUACUUCUUAAUACUAUCUUUAUGGUCGUGUAUGGCUUGCAUCUCCUACGCUUUACUACCAGAGAGCCCAAUGUAUUACAUCACUCAACAUCAGUACGAUAAAGCCAGGGAAGUUCUUAUUAAGGUUUACAAGGAAAACACGAGGAAACCAGCCGAUACAUUUAAGUAUAAAGACUUGUGGAAAGACAAAAAUAAGCAUGCCUUCAAUGAGAAGUCUGAAGAACACACAUCAAUCAAGAGUCAACUCACGACCGGAUUACAUAACAUCAAACCAAUGUUUCAGAGACCUUUGCUGUGGUUUUUGAUACUUUUCUGUAUAUUGAACUUCAUUUCUAUGAAACUUUACAGUGUAUUGCGUAUGUGGUUUCCGCAAUUGUCAGCCAUAUUUGAGCACUACUCGAGCCAAACCUCCGACAUGUGUGUUAUGUUGGACACAUACACGGAGGAUGUAAAGCUGCGUUCUUAUAACGUUAGCAGUGAACAUGUUUGUGUACCUGCACGCAGUGGUACAGAAACGUACAUCAACAAUGUUAUAUUGGGGACCAUUUGUUUCGUUCCCUACGUCAUCAGCGGAAUCCUUGUGAACAAACUUGGUAAACGGAAUCUUUACCUUAUCUGCGGUACAAUCGCUAUUGCUCUAACCAUGGCCUUAAGGUGGACCAAUUCAAAGACAGCUAUGGUCUCUUUAUUCUCUACUGAUGUGGCUGUCUCUCAAGUGAUGGCUAGUUUAACGCAGACGAUGGUUCUGGAGUAUUUUCCAACUAACAUACGAUCGCUAGCCAUGUCAAUAGUAAUGACGAUUGGACGAACCGGUAUUGUAGUAGGGAAUGUUGUUUUCCCGAUUCUUCUGGACAUGGGCUGUGCGGUACCAUUUUUCGCAUUAGCUGCUAUUGUGGCUGUGACUACGGCAAUGGCGAUGAUGAUUCCAGCUAAGAAGAAAUAAAAAUUGUAAAUUAUAUCUAUUUAUUACAUUUUUAAUAAGUUAAUUUUUAUUUGUGUUAUAUUAUUGUUUUGUAUAAAAGUCAA